GUGAGGGCCCACUCCCGGGCCGAACGGUCUUGGACCACGCUCACGGCAUCGACCAAAUGGAACAAGAUUUUCCCCUGAAUCAUGGUCCGUGCCACGAAAUCUUGGACCGAAUUGGACCGACUGCACAGACACGUCCCUUACACACUUAAAGUUCCUUCCCCGUCCUCCUCUUCAUCGCAAUCUGGAUCACAAUCCCCAUUCCUUCUCUCAGACAGUAACCCUAGCACAAAUUCACAAAUCACUCGCACCACCCAUCUCACGCGCCACCCAUCUCCAAGUCCAUGGCAUCAUCCUCGUUCUCAUCUACCACCGUCCCCCCGUCCUUGCUCCUCCCUCUCAUACCCUGCCCACACUGCGGAGACAAAAUCAUCAGCUAUGUUGCUAGACGCGGCCAGCAUCCAGGAACGAGGUUCUACAAGUGCUGCCACCACGAGGAGGGAGAUUGCGAUUUCUACGAGUGGCAGCCCGUCUAUGCCGCCAGGAAGGAAGUCACUGCAGCCAUCGCGGCGCACGCCGCUCCUGUUCAAGGCGCCGCAGCCGCAACAGUCCAGGCCGCGCCUCCCGCCGUCGACGAUGACAAGCCCCAUCCAACUUGGAGCCAUGAUUCGACUCCGCGCAACCAGGACGCAGUAGCUCCUGCAGGCUCGUACGCAGUUCAUCUUCCACUCGCCAACAUCAUGCUCGGAGUGGCUAACCUGAUGGUCUCAGUUUUAGUGCUAGCAGUUCUGCUCGCAGUCAUGGUCAAACUGUAUUUCGAGUAGCUGUUUUUCGGCUGCCGUUUACUGUACCCACUGGUUAGGUAGAAUGUAUUAAGGCAGAAUAUGCCAGGUUUAGUUAUGCAGUACCGUGUUUUAGGGCGUAUCUCUGAAUGAAGUUUCUGUAAGACCUUGCCUUUAAUUUUUCAAGUACCGUGCUUA